AUGUCUAAACGUAACAAAGUUGCAAGUAAAGUUAUAGCUAACUUGAUGAUAUUUCACCACCAUCAGAACAGCAACUCUCAAGUUUCCUCUUUCAAAAUUCCUAGACACUACGAAUUCAGUUGCAGUAAUAGUCCAGCUAUCCACAUGAGCAACGGCAAACAGAAAAUGCGCGGUGUCAACUCAACUGUGGUGGAGGAAGGCGAUAUAACCACGGUUAGUGCAGUACAUAAACUGUUAGAAAUGUUGAAUAACGAAGUGAUUACCGAAGGUGGUGGCUCAACUAUACCUUCACCUUAUUUACCAGGAUUUGGGUAUGGACUUAGUCCUAUGGUAAGACAACUGAGAAUAACAGAUUCUCCAUUUCCAUUGAGAGAUAACGGUGCCAACGAAAGUGAAUGCCAUGUAGAUGAAGAUGCUGAAGAGUUUAUUGAAAGAUUUUAUGAACAGUUGAGGUUGCAGAAAAAUAAGAUGCCGUACUGCUGA